AUGGCCACCUCGAGGUCACCUAAUGAUACCCGCGUAGCCCACGUGAGCUUGGAGCCGCAUGCGACGCACCUCACGCUGCAGCUUCGCCUACACGAUGACCGCAAGAGCUUCUACCGCCCUUGCACUGAGAAAUUAGACCGCGUACGCUACCGUCUGCAGCUUCUGGCGUCCAAUGUAUCAAUCCCCGGAGGCUCCAAACGCAAGAACAAGCACAGGAACGGCGGUACAGCGCCCACAAUCCCCGUCAAAUUCCUAGACGCUGACAGCCAAGAGAUUAACGCCAAGACGGCGACUCUUCUGGCGUCCAAUGUAUCAAUCCCCGGAGGCUCCAAACGCAAGAACAAGCACAGGAACGGCGGUACAGCGCCCACAAUCCCCGUCAAAUUCCUAGACGCUGACAGCCAAGAGAUUAACGCCAAGACGGCGACUGUGGGUGACGCACUGAUGCGCACCAAGCGCCUCCAGGUCGGAUCCGAGACCUUCAUAGUACUCCACAACCAGCCGGUAGUGACGGGACUGAAGGUUCUGGAGCCCGUGAUGGCUGGUAUUACAGUAAAUCCUCUACUUGAGACGCAGUUCUGCACUGCAGACGCGUGUACGUGGCGCUGGUUUCGUCGUGGCAAAGGAGAGGAGAGCGGUGGGACAUUAGUGAGCUCUGAGAGAAGAUACACACCGACACAGGAGGAAUUAGGCUGCACAUUCUACGUGGAGUGUCAUGCGCCAACGAUGCAGUCGGAGUAUGCAGGAGACAGCAAGGCAGAGACCGUCACGGCGUCUGUACAGCCAGGACCCAAUCGAGACGUGUUCAAGGAGAGGCGACAGAUGGGAGAAACCAGUGCUGCUGACAAGUAUCCUGAUGCUAAUGAAGCUUUCCGAGUCAUGAGCUAUAACGUGCUGUAUGACGGCUAUGCAACCUCAGACCACGCCAAGAAGGACUUGUUCUCGUAUGUGGAUGACAGUGUCAUGAAGGAGACGCGUCGGAUCCAGCUCAUUCUCCAGGAAAUUGAGGAAAACAACAGCGACAUCGUCUGUCUUCAAGAGAUGGGAGAACACAUUUACAAGUUGUUUUUUGAGCCGAUGCUGGCUUCGAUCGGCUAUCAUGGAUUAUACUCGGACAAAACUGGAACGACCAACGAAGGCUGCGCGACGUUCGUCAGAACUUCACGCUUUGAAGUGAUCAAAGAAGGCACUUUAAACCUUUCGAUUGCCGUCAAGAACUCGACAAACCCAGCAGCACAGAGUCUUUUACAGGACUUUCCAGAACUUGCCAAGGGUAUCGACCGUAUCCCGUCGAUCGCACAGUUGCUCGUCUUGCGAUCCAAACUUGACCCAACUCGAACUCUGAUUCUCUCGAACACUCAUCUGUUCUAUCGGGGAGAUGCACAUUUGAUCCGGCUGCUGCAAGGUGCUACGGUGGUAGACACCGUAAGUCAGCGAAAAGCUGAGCCAGGCUUCGAAAACGCAGCUGUUGUCAUGUGUGGAGACUGGAACGCACACCCUCGCUCAGCGCUCGUAGCUUUCCUUCUAGAUGGACAGAUCGACUCAAGCCACAGACACUGGCAGCAAGCCCCGUCUUUCCGCUGGAACUUGUCUCGAGUUGAAGAGAACGAAGCUAAUGGUAGUGUGGUAAGCACUGAGGUCCGUCCGAAUCGCUUUGAGCAUGCGCUUCAACUCGUGAGCGCGUGCGGCAUCCCGGCAUUUACGAAUUAUGUGACGAGUUUCGUGGACACCCUGGACUACGUUAUGGUCGGAUCCAAGACGCUGCAAGUUCGUGACGUGUUCCCUUUAUUCACCGAGGAGGAAGUGACGCAUGAAGUUGCACUACCGUCGUCCACCUUCCCGUCAGACCACGUCUCACUUGUCUGUGAUUUAACAUGGUGAAUUCACAGUAUGCAGCAACCUGCUAGAAUAAAUUUGGCCUUAGUAUUGCCUCCAGGAAACAACUAUUUUUGCUGCUAAGCCUGUCACUUCGAGAUUUUAUUGUGGAGCUCUCAAU